AUGGCUCCUCAACUUCACCAGCGUCCUCCUUUCCGCGCCGAGCACCUUGGCUCGCUCUUGCGCCCUAACGAGCUCUUGGACACCAAGCUCGCUUUUGAAGCCGGCAAGAUCCCCGAGUCCCAAUUGACUGCCGUCGAGGAUAAGGAAGUCAAGGACAUCGUCGCAACCCAGAAGAAGCUCGGAUAUGCCGCUAUUUCCGACGGCGAGUACCGUCGCCACAUGUUCUGGGGAACCUUCUUCCCCGGCCUUGACGGCUUCGAGGAGGUGAACAACGUCGAUGUUGACGACUUCCGUCCCUAUGCCCCCGAUAUUGCGGCUUUCCUCGAGGCCGGCCACAAGCCCGGUGAGAGUGUCAUCUGUACUGGCAAGAUCAAGCACGUUGGUAGCACCUAUAUCGACCAAUUCAAGUACCUCGCCAGCCAGGUGCCCGCUGAGGAGGUUGGCAACCUGAAGAUCACCCUCGCCGCCCCCAACUGGUACCACCUCCGCUACCGCGAGGGCAAGGCCUACCCCAAGUCCGUGUACACCAACGAUGAGGACUACUUUGGUGAUAUCGCCAAGGCCUACCAGGCCGAGCUGAAGAUCCUGUAUGACGCCGGCUGCCGCAACGUGCAGUUCGACGAUCCCAACCUGGCUUACUUCUGCUCCGAGAAGUUCCUGAACGGCUUCAAAGAAGACCCUCUGAACGUGUAUACCGCCGACGACAUGUUCGAGAAGUAUAUCAAGCAGUACAACGACUGCUUCGUCAACCUCCCUGCGGACAUGCACGUCGGUGUCCACCUGUGCCGCGGCAACUUCGUCGGUAGCCGUCACUUCUCCGAGGGCGGCUACGACCGCAUCGCCAUCAAGCUCUUCCAGGAGCUGAACGUCCACACCUACUACCUCGAGUACGACACCCCCCGCGCCGGCGGCUUCGAGCCCCUCAAGUUCCUGCCCACCCACAAGAACGUCAUCCUGGGUGUUGUCACUUCCAAGUUCGCCACUUUGGAGGACAAGGAGGAGAUGAAGAACCGCGUUAUUGAUGCUGCCAAGUUCAUCGCUGAGGGUAACAACAUCUCUCUCGACGCUGCCCUUAACCAGGUUGGUGUUAGUCCUCAGUGUGGAUUUGCUUCGCACCGUGAGGGUAAUGCUAUUGACUGGGAUGGUAUGAUUAACAAGCUUAAGUUGGUUCGGGAUAUCGCCAAUGAUAUCUGGCCUAACCAGGCUUAA